AUGGGACUGGACGUCCGUGAGACUCGAAAGCCCAUGUACCGCAUCACCUGCUACCCACGGAUAAGAAGAGUCGGGCACGGUAGUGGGUACUUGCCCCUCCCCGUCCGGCCAGCUCAAUCUUCCUUUCCACGUCUCCCGUCUCUUCAUCCUCUCCUCCUCUUCCUCUUCCUCUUCCUCUUCCUCUUCCUCCUCUUCCUCUUCCUCCUCCUUCUCCUCCUACUUUCACCUAGUCUCCGGUCAGAAUCCCCGUCCCUCCUGCUCAAUCUUCCCUCCGCAUUUUUGAAAGACGCGGGCGACCUUCUCACAAGACUUCUCUCUUUGUGUCUUCUGCCGUUGUAG